UAGGACCUUGUGCUCGCGUUGUUUCUUCGCUAUCGCAAAAGCCAGAAGCAGGGAAGGCAGAGGCAGCUGCACAUCAUUCCUGUUCCCCCUCGUGGAGGGGGGGCAGGGGGGAGGAAGUGGAGGCUGCAUUAACGGACAAUGGAUCCUCUGGCCCGCUCGAGUGGGGAUAUUAUGCGGCGGAAUCCACAGCAAGACUACGAGCUGGUCCAGCGCGUGGGGAGCGGCACUUACGGAGAUGUCUACAAGGCCAGAAAUCUGCACACCGGAGAGUUGGCUGCAGUAAAAAUUAUCAAGUUAGAACCAGGGGAUGACUUUUCGUUGAUACAGCAAGAGAUCUACAUGGUUAAGGAAUGCAAGCACCCUAACAUCGUAGCUUACUUUGGGAGCUAUCUCAGCCGUGAGAAGCUAUGGAUUUGUAUGGAGUACUGCGGAGGAGGAUCGCUUCAAGAUAUUUAUCAUGUGACGGGGCCGCUGUCGGAGUUUCAGAUUGCGUUCGUUUGCAGAGAGACGUUGAAGGGGCUUGAUUAUUUGCACAAGAAAGGCAAAAUGCACCGGGAUAUUAAGGGUGCAAAUAUUCUGCUGACAGACCAUGGGGACAUCAAGCUGGCUGACUUUGGCGUCGCGGCGAAAAUAACGGCCACCAUCGCAAAGAGGAAGUCGUUUAUCGGCACCCCUUACUGGAUGGCUCCGGAAGUUGCAGCUGUAGAAAAGAACGGCGGCUACAACCAACUGUGCGACAUCUGGGCGGUGGGCAUCACAGCCAUUGAGCUUGGAGAGCUGCAGCCGCCCAUGUUUGAUCUUCAUCCAAUGAGGGCCUUGUUCCUAAUGUCCAAAAGCAACUUUCAGCCUCCAAAGCUAAAGGAAAAAACAAAAUGGUCACCAACAUUUCACAGUUUUGUGAAAGUAGCACUUACAAAAAACCCAAAGAAGAGGCCAGCGGCUGAUAAACUUCUUACUCAUACCUUUGUUGGGCAGCCUGGUCUCUCUCGGUCGCUGGCCGUUGAACUGUUGGACAAAGUGAGCAAUCCCGACAACCCCCCUCAUUAUGCCGAGGCAGAUGAUGACGAUUUUGAGCCACACCCAGUUAUUCGCCACACCAUUCGCUCCACCAACCGGAAUGUCAGAGCAGAGAGGACGGCGUCUGAAAUCAAUUUUGACAAGCUGCAGUUUGAACCACCGCUAAGGAAAGAAACGGAAGCGCGAGAUGAAGUGGUGGUGGCAGCGGGCGCACACUUCGCUUCACACUGGAAUCCUUUUGUUGAUGGCGGAAGCUGCGCCAAGGGGCUUCUUACCAAAUUUGGCGACGGCCACGAAGACGCUGAGGAAUCAACGCUGAAAAGGGGAGGACCCCCGCCACUACCUCCAAAGCCCAGGCUCAGUAUCUACCAAGAGGAAGGCCUCGCAGAUGAUGAGAAGUCCCAGACGAUCAAGUAUUGCCCUGACCCUCAUGGCCAAGCCCCACCGUCUCACCGGAGACAGAGCAUCCCGGUGUGCGGACCUCAGACGGAGCCCUCCCCCAUUGGGAUGACCAGCAGCGUCAGCAGUCCUGGUCUGCUCACCACCAGGUACAGCGACUUGGGCAACGGGGACACUGUGCCAAAGCUCGCGGAGGAGAAUGCUGACGGCUUGGGCUACGUGCCACAGCUGCCGCGGAAAAAGGACAAGCGGGAAUACCUGAAGCCAGCAAUCAAUGGCCUCCCACCGACUCCAAAGGUGCUGAUGGGAGCCUGCUUCUCCAAAGUGUUUGACGGCUGCCCUUUGAAGAUCAACUGCGCCACAUCCUGGAUACACCCGGACACUAAAGAUCAGUAUAUCAUCUUUGGCACGGAAGAAGGCAUCUACACUCUGAACCUCAACGAGCUCCACGAAGCCACCAUGGAACAGCUGUUUCCGCGGAGAUGCACCUGGCUGUACGUGAUCAACAAUACCUUAAUGUCACUCUCAGAAGGGAGAACAUUCCAGCUCUACUCUCAUAACCUCAUAGCUUUGUUUGAACAAGCCAAAAAAACAGGCCUUGCUGCUCAUAUUCAGACCCAUCGAUUCCCUGACAGAAUAUUGCCCAGGAAAUUUGCCUUAACGACAAAGAUCCCAGAUACAAAAGGGUGCCAUAAAUGCUGUAUAGUGAGAAAUCCCUAUACAGGCCACAAAUACCUCUGUGGAGCGUUGCAGCUGGGGAUCGUUUUGCUUCAGUGGUAUGAACCGAUGCAGAAGUUCAUGUUAAUAAAGCACUUUGAUUUCCCGCUGCCGACCCCCUUGAACGUCUUCGAAAUGCUGGUGAUCCCGGAGCAGGAGUACCCCAUGGUGUGCGUGGCGAUAAGCAAGGGAGUCGAACCAAACCAGGUCGUCCAGUUUGAGACGAUCAACCUGAACUCCGCUUCUUCGUGGUUUACAGAAACUGGUGCAGGUUGCCAACAGCUCGAUGCCAUCCAUGUCACCCAGCUGGAGAGGGACACAGUUCUUGUCUGCUUGGACAGAUUUGUGAAAAUUGUGAAUCUUCAUGGGAAACUGAAGUCAAGCAAGAAGCUGGCCUCCGAACUAAGCUUUGAUUUCUGCAUUGAAUCUGUAGUGUGCCUUCAAGACAGCGUUCUGGCCUUCUGGAAGCACGGGAUGCAAGGGAAAAGCUUUAAGUCUGACGAAGUAACCCAGGAGAUCUCAGACGAAACUCGGGUGUUCCGCUUGUUGGGCUCCGACAGGGUGGUGGUGCUGGAGAGCCGGCCGACCGACAACCCAACGGCCCACAGCAAUCUCUACAUUUUGGCCGGCCACGAAAACAGUUACUAGGCAACCGAAACCCGACUCGGAACCGCGAGCCAAGGAAUACGUCACAUAAGGAAGCAGCCCUCAAGGAAAUGCUAUCCAAGCCGGACUCUCCCUCCCUCCCUCUUGCGCUCUCUUCUCUCUCUCUCUCUCUCUCUCUCUGUUUCUCCCUCCCUCUCCCUUUGCUCCACUGUGUCAAUAUCCAAACGGACCCAUUUUUUUAGGAACGAGAGCCAAACGUCGCCUGGGCGUCUUGCAGCUGGGAAGCAGCUGAUCUGUCACUUGCCACUGUGUGGUUGGUUAUGUUGAGUUUGCUUAAUAAAAGCUACGAGGUUAAUAAGCC